CAUCUGCAUUUUCAGCCCAGUCCGUUUAACCCGAGGGGAAACCGCGUAACAGACGCGUCUAGAGCGACAGAAUGCUAUAAAUGAGAGCAUUUAAAUAAAAAUGCCGAAUCGCGUUCUCGAUUUAACCAGUCGAAAGCGAAAAACGCGAAGCGAUCGCGACCGGUUUCGCUGUUGCUAGGGGCAACCGGGGAAACUUUGAAUAGCCACGAGCCACAGGAUCACUGCAGCUUACUGCGGUCGAGGCGCCUUUGUGAAGAAACCCGGCUUUGUUUUUCUGCAAAAAAACAAAACAAAACGCGGAAUUGAAAGAUCCAGCAUGACAUCUCCUCAGAAAAUCCCGAUAGACCUGAAAACGAUGAUCAGAGACACUAAACAGGAUAUGGACGAUGUGCACCAAGCCCUGGAAAAGCUCAGAAGUCUCUCCCAGGAAGAAAGGACAGAGGCAGACGUGCUGCGAUCGAGAAUCGACGAGCAGUCGACUCUCAUCUGCGUCCUGAAACAGAGAGCGGACGAGAUGCUUCUGCGCUGUCAGGCCCUGGAGAAGAUCAACGCAGAGCUGGAGAACCUGAGAGCCGACGUGAAGCUGGAGCUGGAGAACGAGAGGAAGAAAUCUGAACUGCUGGAGCAGAGAUUCAUGCACCUGGCCUCCAACCACCGAGAGCUGAUCAACUUCAAGAACGAGUUCAAGAGCCAGAAUGCGAAGCUGGAGAAAGAGAACGAGAGGCUCAGGAAGGAAAAUGAAGCGCUUUUCAGUCAAGAAGUGCAUGAAAAAGAGAAGAUCAUCCUCAAACUGACCCAAGAGCUCAAGGAAUUGGCAGAGCAACAUAAGAUACUAGAAACAGAGUAUCAAGAGAAAACCACGGGUUUCCAGAUCAAACUGAAAGAACUGAUCAGCCUCCAUCAGAUCAAAGAGGCGUCUUUGAAGAACGAACUGAGCGACGCACAAAAACAGCUGAAGAACGCUGUAGAGAUGUGUGCAGAGUUGGAUCUCAAACUAAGACAAACUCAGGAAAAAGAAUCAAUGAGGGAGACAGACACUCAAGAGAGACUGGAGAAGCUCAUGAAGGAAAAGGACGAGCUCAUUGAUCUCUCAAUGCAACGUGGGAAAAUAAUACUGGACAAGCAAGCUGAGAUUCAGGAGCUGGAGCGGAAAAGGCAAGAAGCUGAGAACGGCAGACUAGAUGCAGAAAACAGGUUUGAAAAGGAAGCAGCCGCCGUGAACAGUGAAUUAAGAGUGAAGGAGCUACAAGACGCCUUAGAGAGGGCAGAGGACACCUGCAAUGAGUUGAAAAAGGAGUUUGAGGCAUUUAAAAAGCACAGCUGUGAGCUGCUCGGAAAAGAGAAGGAGUUAAACUGCAAACUUCGUCACAUGAUCAUCUGAGCCAUCCAUCCCAUCCAUCCCAUUCAUCAAAACAAUAUACAUUUUGGACAUCACUUAGCCAAAACCAUGAAAAGAAAUUAGAUUUUUCUUAAGAGAACGUCUUCCGUCAGUAGGAGGCAGUUUAUAGUAUUUCUGAGGUUGAUGGUUUGCAAAUAGACUGUGAUUUUAUCAAUAAAAAUAAGCAUUUUUAAACUUCCUCUGUGGUUUAGCAUCGACCGUCACAGCCUCUGUCAUGAUUAUUAGAAAAACGCCUGAUUAUGAUUCACUGAAAAAACAUUAAGCCUUAAAUUCAAGUGAAAUAUUGCCUUUUUUUUUAAAUCACGCAACUUUUAGCUCUCUCCAAGCAAGAUGAUUAUCAGUUAAUUCAGGUUUUCUGCAGGCAAGUAAAGACAAUUUAUAGAAUAAUUUCAAUGCAACACGAUACAUUGACGUGGUCUUUGACUGCAAAUGCCUUAUAUUACAUCUCAAAGUCUGAAAAUACAACUUCCAACCAAUCACCGUUACUCUAUGUAAGACACAAAGAUGCAAAAUGACAUAUAAUAUGUCUUGUUUUUUUAGGGAAUCGAUCAAAAUGAGGUGAUUUUAGGAUAUUUACAAACAAAUUCAACACCGCCAGAUAUUUGUUCAUGUUUUAAGAAUGAAUUUUGUUAACUUUUUUGGACUACAAGACUUCAUAUAUUCAGUUUCCCCAUCAAGCUUUAAGAACGUUUCGAUGCUUGUAUCAGGAAACAAGAAAUUUCGCAGCGCAAUGCAACAUUCAAUGGCUUUGAUUUUACGAAUUUAUGACUUUCCGCUCCGAAUCAAAAUGCAUAAUUUGUGGCAGAACAAAUGAAGACGUUUUAAGACAAGCAGAAAGUUAACCGGGAUGUUAGAAUUUAUAAAAAAAUAGCAUUCGGUCAUUAUUUACUCACCCUUUUCUGUCCACGCGAUGAAAACAAAUAGGCUCCGGUGGUGUUCGGUUUCCACAGUUCUUUAAGAUAUCUUCUUUUGUGAUCUUGGGAGAAAAAAAAAACCCAAAUCUAUUUAUUCCAAGCAUUUUAAAAACCUGGAAAAUUGUUCAACAUUCAAUGUAAUUGAUACUAUUCAAUGACCGGUCAGGAUUGAAUCACCGUGACAGCUCAUAGGUAUAUGCAAUAAACCGGACUGUUCUGUAUGUAGCCUCGUUCUUGAGAAGUUAAAACCACUCAACUGUGUUAGUAAUAGCUCUCGAGCCAUACAGCACGUAGAAAUGCAAUGCUCACCUUCCAGUUCCACUUCCUUCCAGCACUUUAGGUCACGCAUUGGCUCGCGUCGCUCUGAUAACGCAACAGAACGAAAACUUGUUUCCGUCCAGGUAGCAACAGGCAUGUCUUCUGCAUUUACGAACGAACGAGCUUCGGCAUAAAAUGACAGUAUUUUGCUAACGUCUUGCCCUUUGUAAUUUGUAGCGUGGUAAUUUUAGUGUCUUUCCUGAAAUAAUUUGUGGCCAAAUAACAGGUUGUUAGUGUAAUUGUACAGCGGUCAUCUGGUCUGCAUCUGUAUAUAUAUGUUUUAUAGAAUAGAACAUCUGGAUGGAUUUAUAAACGUUCACGCGUCGCAUGUUAGUCUUGAUUUAACUAAAGACGUUUUCGCUGCAUUUGUUGAGGAAAUGUUUUAGUCCCGCUUUGAGGAUGUUUAGUCGUGUAGCAGAGCCUUUUCUUCUCCAGCGCUGAUGGUCCUUCAAGGGUGCGAACCCGAGAACUAGCUCAGAUCUUUAACCUUUAAGGUUAGGUAUGUUAGUCCUUAUAUCACCCGUGUGAGUUUUUAAUGAUCGUGAGGUUGCGGUCAAAACGCUGGAUUCCUUUGUGUUCUCGUAACUGCACGUCGCCGUAGUCUGUCACCAUUUCAUGCGUCUUAUCAAGUCGAGGCAAGUUCGCGUCCAUGCCGAAACUGACCAGUGCACCUGCCCUUUGACUGCAUUUGACCUGGUUAGCGGUUCAUCACCCCAUUGCCAUGACAAUCUCUUUCCUCAGAAGUGCUGCGAUUAUGGGAAUUGCCUUAUAUGGGAAUCACUGGAAUGGCGUGAAUGACUCUGUUACUCUGUUUUGUCUGUUAUAAUUCAACGCUCAUGUAGAGAGGACUUGACUGUUAAGAUCAUUUAUUUUAGAUGACAUGUAAAGCGUUUCGAAUAUAAAUAAAAACAAAGUGAAAGGUA